CGAGACCGCAAGAGUGAGAUAAAUUCUUAAGACAGAUCGUCAAUAUUACACAAAUUUGUAUACUCUUGCUUUUCCUACUUACGUUUUAUAGUUAAUAGUUAAUAAGCGAUUUUAUUUUGAAAAUAUCUUCGCAUUCAUUUAUAUAUUGAUAUAUCGACUAAAAUAACCUCCAUGACAUUGCAUUACAUCAAAAAUUUCAAUAGAGUGGUUGUGAUACAAAUAGUUUAUUUGAUUUAUAUCUAUCUAAAUACUUGAAAUUCUCUAAAUUUUGUAAAUAUGGAAAAUGAAACUCAAUGUACGGAAGAUGCAAAUGAGUUAUCUGAAGUACUUUCAGUACAAUCUGAAGCAAGUAUCCUGCAAAAGGCUUCAGAAGAAAUAAAUAAACUUGUUGAAAAGAAAGAAACUGAUAACGCAACACAAAAAUUUAUUGAAAGCAACUUAUCAGACCUCAAGCAACAACCAGAAAGUAAUAUUUUGAAAACUAGAUUACAAAAUCAAGUGAAAACUGGAGAAAUCACACCAUUUCAAGCAGUUAAUAAAGAAAUAGAUACCAUUAAUAAUACAGGACCACCUAAAAAAGCUACUUAUCUUUUGGAUUUUGAAAAGUAUUUAUAUCAACAGGCAGAACUUGCCAAGCAAAAAAGAUUAUUAAAAAAGAAAAAAGCUACAGCUAAUAAAAGAGACAAGGAAUCACCUCCAACAAAAAAAAUCAAAACCUCAGAUUUAGGAAUCAUUAAAGAAAAGAAAGACAAAAAAAGUCAAGUAAAAUAUGCAGGAAUAGUAACUUUACAGAAAAUAAAUGUAGAAAAUAAUCAAGAAAGGUAUAUUGAUGUAGAUAAAAUGGAAUCUUCUAAUAGCAGUCAUGAGAAAAUACAGAGUGAAAAUAUUGAUGAAGAUAACUCAGGAAGUGAAUAUAUUCCUUCAGAUGAGUAUUACUCAGAGGAGGAACUGAAAAAAAAGCCUGAACACAAAAAAAAGGGUAAUAGUGUACAACUUAACUCUCGUCCAAAAAGAGUUUUAGAUGAUGGUGAUGAAUAUAUUUACAAAGAAAGAGUAAUAAACAGCAAAUUUAAAAGAAAUCCAAAAUUACACAAAGUAGACAAUUUUUUUAAAAUUCCAUUGCCUAUCUGGAGGCAGCUGUAUAAAUAUCAAAGAGUAUCUGUAAAAUGGCUUUGGGAAUUACAUACAAGAAACUUAGGAGGUUUAUUGGGAGAUGAAAUGGGACUAGGUAAAACCGUACAAGUGAUUGCAUUUCUAGCUGGCCUUGAUUGUAGUGAAUUAUUGACUGAUGGUGGAAGGUUUAGGGGUUUGGGACCAACAAUAAUCAUCUGCCCAGCUACAUUACUGGAGCAAUGGGUACAGCAUUUUCAUGAUUGGUGGCCAACCCUUCGUGUGGUCAUGCUACACCAAUCCAGUACUUUUCAAGGUAGUAUUGAUGAGUUGUUGCACAGUCUCAAAGGCGGUGGAAUAUUAAUCCUUUCAUACACAGGAAUUUUGAUUCACAAAGAACCUAUUUUAAAAUUCAAAUGGCACUACGUUAUAUUAGAUGAGGGUCACAAAAUUCGCAAUCCAGAAGCCAAAGUAACAAAAAUUGUGAAAGGUUUUCUCACACCGCAUCGGUUGUUGUUAACUGGUAGUCCUAUGCAGAAUUCCCUGAAAGAAUUAUGGUCUCUUUUUGAUUUCAUUUUACCGGGUAAAUUAGGUACUUUGCCUGCUUUUAUGGAGCACUGUGCAGGCCCAAUCACGAGAGGAGGUUAUUCCAAUGCGACUCGUUUGCAGGAAGCCACUGCAUUGCAGGUUGCAACUAUGUUGAAAAAUGCUAUAACACCAUACAUGCUGAGAAGAACAAAGUAUGAUGUACAGCAUCACGUCAGUUUGCCUGAUAAAAAUGAACAAAUAUUAUUUUGUAGUCUUACUGAAGAACAAAGGCAGCUUUACAAACAAUAUUUAAGAUCAGACGAAGUGUCUUUUGUUCUUCAUGAGAAGCGUGAGGGUGGUAGAUACAGAGCUCGACUUCUAGUUGCAUUGACAGCCCUGCGUAAAAUUUGUAACCACCCAGAUCUAUUUUUAUAUGCUGAUACACAAACGAUGUCCGAUGAAGAAGAAGAAAUAGAAAUUAAUGAUGAUCAGAUUAAUAAAUUUGGUCAUUGGAAAAAAUCUGGAAAGAUGACAGUAGUUCGCUCUCUUCUGAAAAUCUGGAAAAAGCAGGGACACAGAGUUUUGUUAUUUACGCAAAGUAGACAAAUGAUGCACAUAUUAGAAGGCUUAAUUCAAAAAGAAAAAUACACGUACUUAAGAAUGGAUGGAACAACUCCUAUGGCUCAAAGGCAGUUGACCAUUUCGAAAUUCAAUAAAGAUCCGUCAUAUUUUGUUUUUUUACUGACUACGAGAGUCGGAGGCUUAGGCGUAAAUUUAACGGGAGCAAAUAGAGUAAUUAUUUAUGAUCCAGAUUGGAAUCCAGCUACUGACGCGCAAGCCAGAGAACGGGCUUGGAGAAUAGGUCAAGAUAAAAAUGUCACUGUAUAUAGAUUAAUUACUGCUGGAACAAUUGAAGAAAAGAUGUAUCAUCGUCAAGUAUUCAAAAUACUCCUUUCUAAUAAAGUUCUUGAAGAUCCACGACAGAGACGUUUAUUUCGAACAACAGAUUUAACCGAGCUUUUUAAUUUAAAUGAACCAAUGAACGGUGAAAACAGUGAAUCUGACCAACUGUUCCGUGAUUCGAAACUCUCUCCCAGUAAUAUAAAUUUUACUGUCAGUAAAAUUGAAGCCAUGAAAAAACUUGCUUCGGAACUAAGCAAAAAAAUUGGGGAAAAAGUAGCUAAAAAUAAAUCUGUUGAAAAAGAAAUCAGUCAAGAAAAUAGCAACAAAGCCGAUAUAAGCAAAGAUAUGGUGGAGGUGAAUGAUCAAAUUAUGAAAUCCGCCGAUAAAAUCACUAACUUACCUGAAAGUAAUAUUGAUGUUCAAGAUCAGUCGUACUUGCAUGAAAAUAAAAUUAUCAUAAAAACUGAAAAGGAUGAAAUAAGUGAAAAAAAGAGUGACAGAGAUGGAAAUGCAGAAAGCAUCAAUCAGGAGCAAGAUACAGAAGUAAAUCAAAUGGAAAUUGAAGAGGGUGAAAUUUUUGAUGACUCGUCAAAUUAUGCUAAUGAUGCUGCCAAAAUUAGUGGAAAGAAUUUUAAAGAUAAUAAAACUUAUAAAUCACAUCACAAACAUAAAAAACAUAAAAAAAGUAAACCAGAUGACAAUAUCUCUGCAUUGUUCGAUGGAGAACGUGUUUCAUGUUUAAUUGGGCGUCGUCUUGGCAAAUCAAAAGAACCAGAUCCAGUAACCAAUUCUGAUGAUCAAUACGUUUUGUCAAAGUUAUUUUCAAAAGCUGCCGUGAGUUCAGCUUUUCAACAUGAAUCAGUAUUAGCCAAUGCAGUACUCAAUCCAGAAGAACAAACUCUUUUGCAAAGAGCUGCAAAGGAAACUGCAGUGGAAAAAAUGGGUUGUAUAAGACAAUCACGGAAAUGGUGCUGGAAACCUUCUUGGGAUGAACCGUCUGAAGAAGAUUUCGAAAAUGAUAGUAAUUAA